GUCGGAGAAUUCAACGGCGGCCGAUGGGGAUGGGCGGCGGUGGUGGUGAUUUUGCAGUGUUGUUUCGUCGUCGCCGUCUCACGGUCAAUCAAUGGAAAUGAAAUUGUCGCCCCCUGUUUCCCGAUGUUGCGCUCCAAUGAUCUUCCUCCAAAGAAGAAGUUCCUGGUCGAAUAGAGCCGAGGAGGGGAGAAACGGUCGGCAAUGCAAUGGGGAGCGAGAGCAGAGAAUGGGCGGGAUAAGAUGCCGUAUCCCCUCCUCUCCUGCUUCCUCUCCCUCUCUCAAUCUCUCUCUCCUGCGCCUUGCAGGGAUGAGAGACAAGGAAAAAAGGACGAAAGGGACAAAAAAGGACAAACGAACCAAAAGGCUCUGAAGCCCACACGCGCGCACGCGUUCCGACGGGGAUCUAUAUAUGUACAGUCCAGCACUCGCCUCCAAGACGACGGCAUGCAAGGUUUCCAGCCCGCCUGCCUGCUUGCCCGCCUCGUUCCGUCUGGGUUGGAAAGGAAUGCUGACCGCGGUUGCGAGCGCGCGAUCACAGGUGUCGGCGGGCGGGAUCCUGAUCAGGUGCAGCAGCAGCAGCAGCUAUCCCGUGUUGACCCUCCCUCCUCCUCCUCGUUCCUCAGCCCAAAUAAAAUGGUCUGCAGGAAGGGAAGCUUACCUGCAGUCUGCAGCCAUUCACAACAAUAGACUUUUUUUCCCUCUUCCCUUUCUCCAGCUAUCUUCGAGCCCAGAACCCGAGCGCACACGUGCGAUUAUUCGAAAGUCCGAUCUACUGUAACAGCGCCAGGCGGAAACGCGGGGGAGGCAGUUUC